AUGGCCUUACCAUAUCUUCCCCCCUCCGCCGCCCGUGUUAAGCAUCGUGCACUUUACGCAUCCGUUCUCCGCGAGCUCCCUUCCGCCGUCGAAGCACGUCAGCGCACUUCUCAUUCAAAAACCCCUUCACCCCCUUGCGUCUUUAUCCUAGAUUGGGAUGACACGUGUUGCGCGACAUCCUUCCUCGAGCGAUCCGGCUUCAUGGCUGACCUCGAUUCCCGCAUUGACGAGUUUGCACCAGAGGAGGCUCGUCUUCUCAGAGUUCUUGAACACCGAGUUCUUUCCUUACUCAAGACGGCUGUCAGCCUCGGCACCGUCCUGAUCGUCACUAACGCCGGUGACGGAUGGGUUGAACUCAGCUCAAGUCGCUUCCUCCCCGCCGUCCGCGCUUUCCUCGAAGCAAACUACCGCUCCAUCAACGUCAUAUCAGCGCGCGCGCGCUACGUGGAUGUGUACCGGGAAGAUCCCUUGCAGUGGAAGGCCCGCACUUUUGCCGAUGAGCUUGAUGCCUUCUACCACGCCUCGUCCCAACCGUUCCAACCGUUACAUGUCGUCGUGCUUGGCGACUCUGUUGGCGAUCGCUAUGCCGCACACGUCGCAGCCUCCGCACUCAUUGAGGCGGGCAAACCCAUCGUGCUCAAAGUCGUCAAGUUCUUGGAACGCCCUUCCAUCGAUCAACUCUGCAAGGAGCUCGAGGUCCUCCUCGACCAUAUCCUUGCCAUGACCACAUAUCAGGGUCCAUUCGAUGUCUCCAUGUACAAGUCUCCGCUCCGUUCCACUCAACCGCACUAUCACACCCACGUGAACCCGUCUCCCUCCAAACUUCGGGCGGAGCCUCUAUCCCCGUCGUCGAUACAACAGCAGCCGUCAGACUCGCUGUCUAACUCUUCACUGGACGCCGCCAUCGCUCAAGUAUCUCCAAUGGCGACAUGUUAACCACAUGCGUGACAAGCCCCUGUCUCCCACAGCUGCACUGGACAACCAUGCCUUUCGUUUUUUUUCUCCUUCACUACUUGGCCAUCCCUUGAUCUAGGAUAUUUCGCUCCGGCCUCUCGCAGCUAUGUACAGUUUCGACUUCGAUUUGGAAUUAAAUUUCUUCCUGACUCUACAGCGCCUGUCACGCAUCGUUUCGAUUCGGCGCUUCUCAAACUAA